AUGAGCGUCCCAGCCUUGCACCCGAACCUGCAGCUACCCCCCAGUCAGAGGACUCAGCCCGCGUUCCGAGAGCAAAGACGACAAAAACUCAAGCAACGUCUAUUAAAAGAAAAAACACUUUUUGUAUAUAAACAGGAACAUCAGAUAUUAUCCAGCAGAGACCAGAGAGUGAUGACAUCUAAGGACCAGGUCCAAAAUGGGGUAAAUGUUCUGAAACUUAAAACAAAAAUGGCUAAUAAAGAAAAUUCCAAUGGACCUACAGGGAUAAAAAAUAAUGUGACAAUGGAAACAAAUUGUAUUCCUUCAAAACCUAGUGAAUUAACCAAUUCAGCUUUAGAAGUUGAUACACAUGAUUUUGAGAAUAAUAAUCAGCCUCUUCGGUUGUUAGCAAUUAAAGAUGAUGUCCAAAAUCAACGUAUGACAUUUAGCCAGGCAUUUCACCUUAAAAAAAAUAAUAAACAGAAACAAAUGCUUACAGAAAAACCGAAGCAAGAAGCUAACAUGCACAAGAAACCUGUGCUUGGGUCUUAUUGUGGCCGAGUUGUUGAGUCUAAGAUUAAUUCGUUCAGAAAACCUCUACAAGUCAAAGAUGAGAGUUCUGCAACAAACAAGAAACCUUCAGCUAUUAUCUCUAAUGCCACCAAGCCUCAGCCUAUGAGCACCAGCAAUGUAACAGUGAAAAGUGAUAGAGCCUCAAAUGUGACUACUACCACUAAAAUUGUGAGCUCUGUAUCUCAGAGCAGACGACUUGUGCAACCUCCUAUUAGAAGCCACCACGAUCAUACCCAAUACAAGGUGAAACAAGGCAUCAGUAGAACCUCUGCCAAUGUUACAAUUCAGAAAGGACCUCGUAGAAAAGAACUGAUUCAACUGAAAACAGAUUUAUCUUGUGUCAAAACCAGUUCUGCUCAGGACAUAAAAAGAAAUGAAGCACGAUCAAGAAGCAUAGCAUCUGAAAUCGUAGCAAGGCCUGCUUCAUCUUCUAAUAUCAAACUGAUAGAAAAGUCAGAAACCAUCGACCAGCGAAGACAUACUAUAGCAAAGACCAGUGUCAGUAAUAGAUCGGCUCAGCCCAAAGAAACCACGGAACAGAGAAAAGCUCGUCUGACUGAGUGGAAAGCUGGCAAAGGAAGAGUGCUGAAAAGACCUCCUAGCUCAGCAGUGACCCAGCCUGAGGCUGCAGGGCAAAAUGAAAAACCGGCCGGGUCCUUCUGGACUACCAUGGCAGAAGAAGAUGAACAAAGAUUAUUUACUGAAAAAGUAAACAAGACGUUUUCUGAAUGCCUGAACCUGAUUAAUGAGGGAUGCCCAAAAGAAGAAAUAUUGGUCACAUUGAAUGACCUGAUUAAAAAUAUUCCAGAUGCCAAAAAACUUGUUAAGUAUUGGGUGUGCCUUGCACGUCUUGAGCCAGUCACAAGUCCUAUUGAACAUAUUAUUACCAUCUACGAGAAGGCCAUCCUGGCAGGAGCUCAGCCUAUUGAAGAGAUGCGACAUGCAAUUGCAGAUAUUCUAACAAUGAAGAGUCAAGAUACAGUUAAUUUUGCAGAUGAUAUUGAGGAGGCAACCAAGGAACAAGUCCAAGAAGUCAGCACUGAAGACAUAGGUGUGAAUCCAGAGCCAAGAAAACCAAAAAUGGAAAAUAAACAUCAUAGAAGUGUGAUGUUUCAUGAUUGUGAGAAAGAGCAAGAGGACGAAACAAAAGAUCUAGCCAAUGAUGUUAAAACUCUGGAUAAAGAAACCAGGGAGAGUUGCUUGAUUAAAUAUAAUGUAUCUUCUACGCCAUCCUUGCAAAGUGCGAAAAAGAAGAUUCAGUUUGACAAUACAAAUUCGAUAUUUAAAGAGCUCAAGUUUCUAACACCAGUGAGACGUUCUCGACGUCUUCAAGACAAGACUUCUAAAUUGCCAGAUAUGUUAAAAGACCAUUAUCCUUGUGUGUCUUCAUUAGAACAGUUAACAGAGUUGGGACGUGAAACUGAUGCUUUUGUGUGCCGUCCUAAUGCUGCACUGUGCCUGAUGUACUCAGAGACUGAAACAACAGAGGAGAAAUAAAGCUGUGAUGAGGAAUGGGGUUUUUAUUAUUCCUGGAGUUUUUUUAUUUUCUUUUUUGUGGCUUUGCAUUUCUCUUAGGUCUA